AUGUUUCCAACAUUUUCAUUUUGUUUAUCUCUUCUCUUUGCUUUCAACUUCAUCCAAAACACAAUUACCUCUCCCUUAGGAAAUGAAACAGAUAACUUGGCAUUGCUCAAAUUCAAAGAAUCAAUAUCAAAUGACCCAUAUGGAAUCUUGGCCUCUUGGAACAUUUCAACUCACUACUGUAAUUGGCAUGGAAUUACAUGUAGUCCCAUAAAUCAAAGAGUUACACAGUUAAGCUUAGUUGGAUAUAACUUUCAUGGAUUCAUAUCUCCCCAUAUUGGCAAUCUCUCUUUUUUGAUAAAUCUCAAUCUUGCAAAAAAUAGUUUCUUUGGAAAAAUCCCUCAUGAACUCGAUCGAUUGUUCCGAUUGCAGCAACUCAUUCUCUCCGAAAACUCCAUCACAGGGGAGAUUCCUACAAACUUGUCAAGUUGCUCUAAUCUUGAAGUCUUAUACUUAUAUGGGAAUCAUUUGAUUGGUCAAAUACCAAUUGCAAUCAGCUCUCUUCAUAAGCUUCAGUGGUUAUGGAUAGCAGAUAACAAUUUAACAGGAACAAUUCCAUCAUUCAUAGGAAAUCUUUCAUCCCUAACUAAUCUUGGAAUGGGUGGGAAUCAUUUAGCGGGAAAUAUUCCACAAGAAAUGUGCAGCCUCAAAAUAUUGACAAAUAUGGAAGUAGGUUUUAACAGACUACACGGUACAUUUCCUUCUUGUCUUAAUAAUCUGUCAUCUCUUACUAUAAUCUCAGCACCAGGCAAUGAAUUCAACGGAUCUCUUCCACCCAAUAUGUUUAAUACCCUCUCCAAUCUUCAAUAUUUCAUAAUGGGAGGAAAUCAAUUCUCAGGUACAAUCCCCGUUUCCAUUGUAAAUGCUUCUGCUCUACAAAAACUCGACUUCGAUCAAAAUAAUUUGGUAGGACAAGUUCCAAGUCUAGGAAAGUCAAAUGAUCUUCGAUGGCUAAAUUUAGAAUAUAACAAUUUAGGUGACAAUUCAACUAGGGAUUUGGAGUUUUUAGAAACCUUGACAAACUGCAGUAAACUAAGAGCGUUUUCUAUAUCCAGUAAUAAUUUUGGAGGCAACUUGCCAAAUUUUGUAGGCAAUUUAUCCACUCACCUUAGUCAACUAUAUCUAGGGGGUAAUAAGAUAUCAGGAGAAAUUCCUGCAGAAUUAGGAAAUCUAAUUGGCUUAAUUCUCUUGACCCUGGACUAUUGUCACUUUGAAGGAGUUAUUCCUACUACUUUUGGGAAGUUUGAGAAAAUGCAAAAGUUAUCAAUGAAUGGAAAUAAGUUGUCAGGAGAGAUACCACCCAUCAUAGGCAACCUCAAUCAAUUGUAUUUUCUUUCUAUAAACGACAAUAUGUUAGAAGGAAAUAUUCCUUCAAGUAUAGGAAACUGCAAAAAGUUACAAUACCUAGACCUUUCACAAAACAAUCUUAGAGGAAUCAUACCCAUAGAGCUCUUUAGUCUUUCUUCCUUAACAAACUUAUUGAACUUGUCAAAAAACUCAUUGAGUGGUAGCUUACCCAAAGAAGUGGGUAAGCUACUAAGUAUAAACAUGCUAGAUGUCUCAGAAAAUCAUCUGUCUGGAGACAUUCCUAGAACCAUCGGUGAAUGCAUAGACUUAGAAUACCUCUAUUUGCAAGGUAACUCCUUCAACGGAACCAUACCAUCUUCUUUGUCUUCACUAAAAGGUCUUCAAUAUAUAGACUUGUCAAGAAAUUGGUUGUCUGGACCAAUUCCUAAUGUUCUGCAAAAUAUAUCAGUGCUAGAACACUUGAAUAUUUCUUUCAACGUGUUGGAAGGCGAGGUACCGAUAGAUGGUGUCUUUGGAAAUAUAAGCAGGUUAGCUGUGACCGGAAACAAUAAGCUUUGUGGAGGCAUUUCAGAGCUUCAUCUACAGCCAUGCCCUGUUAAACGUCUGAAACAUUCAAAACAACGUAAAAUCAAAUUGAUAGUAGUGAUUGUUAGUGUGGUAUCUAUUCUUCUCACGAUGACAAUUUUCCUAACUAUCUAUUGCAUGAGGAAAAGAAACCAGAAACAGUAUUCUAAUUCACCAACAACUGACCCGCUAGCCAAGGUUUCAUACCAAGACCUUCACAAUGGAACUGAUGGGUUUUCUGCUACAAACUUGGUUGGAGUAGGAGGUUUUGGUUCUGUGUACAAAGGAAAUCUUGCAUCAGAAGAUAAAGUUGUUGCCAUAAAGGUCCUGAACCUUCAAAAGAAAGGAGCUCAUAAGAGUUUCAUUGCAGAAUGUAAUGUACUUAAAAAUAUUAGACAUCGAAAUUUGGUGAAAAUUUUGACAUGUUGUUCAAGUACAGAUCACAAAGGUCAAGAAUUUAAGGCAUUAGUGUUUGAAUACAUGAGAAAUGGAAGCUUAGAACAAUGGCUACAUCCGGGGAUAAUGAAUGUCGAGAAUCAAAGAAUGUUGGACCUAGAUCAAAGAUUGAAUAUAACCAUCGACAUUGCUUCUGUAUUACAUUACCUUCAUCAUGAAUGUGAGCAAACGAUCAUUCAUUGUGAUAUAAAGCCAAGCAAUGUCCUUCUUGACGAUGACAUGGUUGUUCAUGUGAGUGAUUUUGGCAUAGCAAGACUUGUCUCGGCCAUUGACAAUACCUCUCACCAGGAAACUAGUACAAUUGAAAUUAAAGGGACUAUUGGUUAUUCUCCUCCAGAGUAUGGAAUGGGUUCUGAAAUAUCCACAUAUGGUGACAUGUAUAGCUUCGGGGUACUUAUGUUGGAAAUGCUUACCGGAAGAAAACCAACAGAUGAAAUGUUUGAAGAUGGUCAAAAUCUACACAUGUUUGUUGAAAAUUCAUUUCCUGAUAAUCUAAUACAGAUUUUGGACCCACAUCUUCUACCAAGAAAUGAAGAAGCGAUAAUAGAAGAUGGAAAGAUUGUGAGUUUCACUCCAAUUGUAGAAAAGUUUUUAGCUUCACUUUUUGGGAUUGGUCUUGCUUGUUCAAUGGAAUCACCAAAAGAAAGAAUGAAAAUAGUGGAUGUUACCAGAGAGCUAAGCGUAAUCAAAAAGGCCUUUCUCGCCGGUGUUCGAACACGUGAUUAGUCAAAGGUGAAAUAGAGUUGAAUGCAAGAAUCAUUACAGUUUAAAUAAGAAGUGUAUCUACAUCCACAAUCAUUCAUGUAAUAGCUGCUAUAAAGUUUAAAUAAGAAGUUAAUCAUAGCAUCAACAUACCUUGCAAAUGUAAAAGAUGCCUCUCUUGAAACCCUUCUGAAAGCUCUUCCAUUCUAUUUUUCUAUCUGUUGUGGCAAAUAAAGCUACUACUAGUUAAGGAACUUUGUUUUCCUAAUAAUAGUUGAUCCUCAAUUGUUCCUAA